AUGUCAAGAUCGAAAUCACCUUCAAAAAAUGUUUUAUCAACAUCUCUCGUGCCACUGCAUGAAAAAGAAAAUAGUAAUACAUUAACAUCUAAUGAUGCUAAAUUAAAAGUCAAAGGAAUACUUGCUCGACAAUUUCAUAAUGUGGAUCCUUUGACACAAGUUGUCGUUUGUAAACGUUUAGCAAAAAUGCCAAUGCUUUUUCUUGCAAAACGUCGACAAAUGCGUAAAAUAGAAAUUGAAAAUACAUCUGAAAUCUAUACAGAUGAUAAUGCUGGUUUAAUGGCAGCAUCAUCGACAGAGACACUUGAAUUUGAACGUGAAGCUAAAACAUUUGAUGAAUACACACAAAAAUUAGAAGAUGCUUUAACAAUAUUUGGAAGUAUGAAACGUGAAGAAUAUGAAAGUCAAACCGCAUUGAAAGUGUUACGUUUUUUGGAAAAUCUCAUACAUCAACCUAAAGAAUGGAUUUCAGGUGCAAAAUUAAAAUUAUCUGAAAUGAAAUUUCCAGAAAUGGCCAUGACACUUUUGAAUAGUUAUAAGGAAAAAGGAUAUUUAGUAAGACGUAUUGUCUUUCUUCAUAGUAUAUUACUUUACAAUUCCAUGAGUAAUUUUACUGAUCAUGAAUUUGAUAAAGAAGGACUUAUUAGAAAACAAGCAGCUGAUGCCGGUUUUAUUGAGUUCGCAUGUGAAAUUAUUAGUGAUUCAUCUUAUCUUGAAUCACUUAAAAAAUGUUAUGUUAUUGAUAGUCCAGAAGCAACAACAACAAAUGAAGAUUUCAAUAACUAUCAGAAAAUUUUAUAUAUUUGUGAUUCAGCACUUACAAUUCUUUAUAAUAUGGCAAAUUUACCGGAACUAAAAAUUCAUUUUCGAGAAUGUAAUGCAGUUUCUAUAAUAGCCGAAUAUACAAAAUUAUCAUCGGAAAAAAUUCUAAUUCAAUUUCUUGAAACUAAUGUCAAUCAAGAUUAUAUAACUAGAAUUAGAGAAUUACAAGAUAUUGUCAGUGCUAUUCGUGUAACAUCAUGUUUAUUACUUCCAUUGAUAAUGAAUGAAGAUGAAGAUAAUAUUUUAGCAGCUAAUACAUCAGAUGUGUUACCAUUAUUAUCUGGAAUGAUUCAAAUGUAUAAUGGAAAUGUUCAAAGAUUUUAUGGAUUUUCAUUCAUUGAAUUAGUUGACGGUUUAUCUAAAUUAAUGGUUCGUGGUCGAAAACAUGAAUAUCUUGAUCUUGAUCAAAAUGUUAUUGAUAUUCUUUUGAAUAUUCUUAAAAAUACAAAUCAAGACGAUGGCUUACUUGAAUGUGUAUCUAAUGCAAUACUUAAUGCCUCAUUCGAUGACAAAGUUCAAACGUUUCUAGAUAGUGAUCAUGCUUUACAAAUAAUAACAGCAGCACGUAAUAAUUCUCAAAGUCAACUUGUUCAAAAAAAUUGCGAAGCAAUUCUUUGGACAAUAAACCGGAUUUCUCAUAGAAGGGUUGCGACAAUAAACAAUCCAUGUGGUUUAGAUGGUCAUAUUAUGAUUUCAUACAAUCGAUCAGUAACAGCUAUGUGUUUAAAACUUCGAGAUCGUUUAAAAGCUUUACGCUAUAAUGUAUGGCUUGAUGUUGAUAAUAUAAAUGGAGGAGUUUUAGAAUCUAUGGCUGAGGCUGUUGAAAAUUCAUCGAUUGUACUUAUUUGUAUGAACGAACAAUACAAACAAAGUUACUAUUGUCGGCUCGAAGCAGAAUAUGCAACGGAAUUAAGAAAACCAUGUAUCCCAUGCUUGAUGCAACCUAGAUUUCGACCAUAUGGAUGGCUUGGAAUAAUUAAAGGGGCAAAAGUUCAUGUUGAUUUUGCUACAGUUCCUUUUGAAGAAGCAUUCUCUACUUUAAUUCGUGAAGUUGAAACAAUAAAAGAAGUUAAUGGUGGAAAUGAAAAGAAUGAAAAAAAAGUUGGCCAACCACAUACUACAGGAUUGUCUACUAUAGAAAAUAUAAAUAACCUGAUAGAAUGUAAACAAGAUAAGCCAAUCAUAUCUACACCUACUCUUCCAUCAGACCAUAGUAUUCCACAUUGGGAUUCAGCUACAGUUAAAAAAUGGCUUGAAAAAAUUGGUUUAUCACACUUGGAAUCUGUUUUUGUCAAUAUCGAUGGAACAUUACUUUGGCAAUUGUAUAAAAUGAAACAAUUAGCUGUUAAUUCGUAUUAUCAAUUUCUUAAUAAAUAUUUAGAUCGUAGUGAAACAGCACAAAUGUAUGACACACUCAAAUUUGAUCAUGAACUUGAAUCUCUAUUUCAAUAG